AUAGUUGGUUCGUUACUUUCAAAUUGAUGGCGAUUAGGAGGAGAGCGGAUGUCUUGGAUCCAGACUUUACUGUUAUAAGACGACAAAUAUCUAAACUAAUGCAACAUAGCAUUCACGAUUGUAAAAGCUUUCUGUUGAUGCUAAAAUCAUUGUUUCCGAGUUCAAUAAAGUUAGAAAUAAUUGAGUAUGAACUUAUGCAGGAGUAUGGAGACGCUACUUUGGCAGCUGAAAUUCUGUGUCGUCUGUAUGAAACUCAAAGGCAUCUUGAUAUGACACAGAUCGAACUUCUUAGCAAAAUAGUUAAGGAUCCUACUGAUAAAGUGUGUUGUGAUAUAUUCUCGCACACCAACCCAUCGCUACAGAAGGAUUUGACAUUAUCUUACUUCAACCAGAUGUCCGAUGAGCUGGGAAGAGCGGAAAGCAUUAUUUUUCUACUGAAUCUUAAAGACGUAGUCUUUUACCCUCAGGUUCUACCCGUACUUUUGGCACUGGUUUAUCAAAGCCUCAUAGACGGUGAGCUCUCUAUGCAUAAGAGUAACCGAAUCUCAACCAGCAGUGGUAUAAUGUGCCAUUCAUCACCCGCAGAUAACUAUGGAUCGUUAAUAAAGAAUGAGAAUGUUGACGAGGGUGAAGAGGGAGAGGUAAUGGGAUGUGAUGACGAGGACGAGUUUGCGGAUGAGCUUGACAAUCCAACUCCCGAGAUCGGAGAUAACUCUUGGACUGAUAUAUCUAGUUCAAUCCUCAAUGUUUAUCGUUUCAAGAUAACUUAUGAAUUACUUCCACUAGCGUACAAGGCUAGUUCUUCCUCGAAAAUGGAUAAAAACGUCGUGUACAAGAUUUCGGUAACUUCAAUCAAUUUUCUGGUUACAUACAUAACACAUGUCCCAGCGAACCCAUCUAUCGAAGGAUUAGAAAAAAACGAGCUAUUAGCCAAGAAGGAUCCAAAAAAUUACAUGACAGACUGUUUAAAAAUGAUAGGGCAUUUAUUACAAUGGCCUAUUGCUACGUUCGACUUUACAUCUAGUAAAACUGCAUCCUAUCUUGUUCAGCAGACAAGAAAUUUGUUUCGGGAGGCCAAAUCUUCAUUUGAUAGUGUGUCAACAAAAAAAGACUCGCGAUCUGGUCGUAAACUGUCUUCGUUCUCUUUAAGUCAUAAGUCUCAUGCCAUAGUUUUUCAGGCUCUGUGUAUGUUUUGGUACACAUUUGUUGAUUUAAGUGCAGCUUAUUUGCACAAAGUUCACAACAGGAUAUUUGAAGGUAGUGUAGAAAAUAGCACUACACCUAGAGUUUUAUACUUGCCUAUCAACCUAGAUAUUCUAUUCAACUCAACUUCUCAUAAAAAUGUUUCUUUUGAAAAUGAAGAGAUGACUCUCUUAAAGCACAUACAUGAAGUCUGGAGUCUUCGUGAAUAUACUUCUGCCUCAUACUCAUUUGGCAGCAAGGAAAUAGAUUCGUUGGAUAAUGUCCAUCCUCACUCAAAUAAUUCAUCCGAAUUCAACCAAGAAACACUGUUUGAGCAAAUUAUUCGUUUCCACUUUGCAAUUAGUGGCCUGAAUAAUAAUUCGCAGGAAAUAAUAUGGGCUUGUAAUUUUGUGAAAAAACUCAGUGACCAGUUGAAGUCAGUUUCUCUUACAUCCGCUAACUAUAACUUAUAUAAUAAUGCAGAACUUAAGCUUAUAUCCUGGGUUCUUCAGAUGCUUUUGUUAUCUCAUGACCAUGAUAAAUUUAAGGUCGUGGUGAAGUCAGAAGCAUGUAAUGGGUUGUGGGAUCAAUUCCUUCAAGAUUUCAAAUCGCUAUCAUUACUUUUUAACCAGAGUAAAAAUGAGAAGAUUUGCAUCCAAAACAUUUGUCCUCUCGUACCAUUCACUCGUCAGUGUAUAGUUUUUAUCGUGUCAAAAACAUUAGCAAAUUACCUGUGUUCUAUUUCUCGACGAACGACAAACCCGACUCUUGCUGUCGAUUCCGCUUGCUUGGCAUGUAUACUUUGUCAAGUCGAUGGAAAGUUUGGUGAUAUUUCUCAUCCGGCCGCUCAGUGGCCAUCUCUGUCCCCAUACCUCUCGGAAGUAAUACAAACUCAUUGGGUUGAUAUACGAGAUCGUUUUUUAAAGUGGAUCAUAUCUCCCCAUACAUUCAUUUUCGACGUUGACCUGUUGAACACUAUUUUCCGAUUGGAAUCCAACGCUGGAACAGGUAUUGAUUGGUAAGUUGGUUAUUCGUUCUCCAUAUUUUAGGUAUCACAAUAACUUUGCAAGAUAUUUCGUUAUUUUUUUUGGCACCAUGACCAUUAAAUUUCCCGGUUAUUACGAAUUUAUGUAAUCAAUUUGCUGUCAUUCAUAUGAUGUCUUUUUUCUUCAUACGUAUUGGGUAAUGAAUUUUUUCCCUUUUAUUCAAACUCAAUCGCUCGGCUCUCAUCGAAGUCUGUCAGGUUUUUGAGUCCUGAAAAACCUUAUUGUUCCGUAUGUUCUUCAACCAUAGGAAUGCUUUGCCAAUCUUCACCUUUACGUCUGCAUCAGAUCCUCUACGUUCAUCCAUGAUGCUGUCUGGGUACGUGAAAGUUCCCACCUCUUCCAGAGUUUCUCCAUCAAGUGUGGUUGAUUGAGUGUUCUCCUUGUUGUAUUUGAGGAUUUUGUUUUUUUCCUUGUGUGUUGAAGCGUACUGAUGCAGAGACAGCUGCUACACUAGCUGUCUUCAUCUGCGUUAGUUGGUGUGUAUGUGAUAGAAGGUUCAGGUGAUGAUCUAUGAAGUCGAAAUCGUCUAGUUGCAUUCAACCUGUCUAUUGUAUUCUGUGCUUCCUCUCAGGUGUGGAGGUCAUCAUAAUCCAGUCAACCACCAGAAGAAAGAGAAAGGGUGGGAGUAAACAGUUAUAUCUGACACUGGUCCUCAAUUGGAAUGCGUUUGUCAGCUAUCCUCCUUGCACGACUUUGCAGUGUAAUCCGUCAUAUGAAUUCCGUAUGAUGGUGACGAUCUCCUUAGGUACUCCAUAAUGUCGGGGAAGUUUCCAUUAUUAUCUAUUCACACCGUCAACUGCCUUCUCAUAGUCAAGGAAGUUGAUGUAUAGUGACGAUUUCCGUUCAAUUGUUUGUUCAACGAUGAACUGUAGUGUUCCGACUUAAGUCAGUGCACGACCGAACCUCACGGAAUACGGCCUGGCAAUCUCAAAUAUGGGCGUCUACUGAAUCUUCUACGCAGUUCAGCAUCACUGUUGAAAACUUUUCCUGGUACUGACAAUAGUGUGAUGCCUCUGUAGUUCUCACAUUUGCUCAGAUCUUCCUUUGGAAUCUUGAUGUGUUAUUCUUCUCAGUCUUACGUCUUUUGCUCUUCCCAAGUGUUUCUGGAUAGAACGUGGAGCAUGUUUUCAGUUACUCCUCUCUGUGAUUUCAGUGCUUUAGUUAUUAUGUUGUCAGGUCUUGCCUCCCCAUUCUGAUAGUCACGCUCAUUUCUUCUAUCGUUGGUAGGGUAGAAGUUAUGAGAAGAUCUUAAGUUGCUGCUUCGAUGUCCGAUGACCUUCUGAAUUUUUUAGUUGUACAAAUAUCUAUCUGGUCCUCUGUUGUGUGGUCCGGUGAGACCCAUGUAGCUUUGUGUAUGCAUUUGUUUGGGAAAAUUGUGCCACCUAUAACCAUUUUGUCGAAUGCAUUUAAAUUUGCAAAACUUUCACCAUUCUCGUUCCUUGCAGUCCAUAUCGUCCCAUGAUGUCUUCAUACCCUGUGUUAUCCAUUCUGGAUUUGGCGUUUAGAUCUUCCAUCAGGAUGGUGAGUUUCUUUCCUAAACACUUCUCUAUAAUCGAUUGUAGCUUCUUGUGGAACUGAUCUUUAUCAUCAUUUCUGUCAUUGGUGGGCGCACAGCACUUGAUAAUAUUCAUUGUAAUUCCCUCGUUUGUUUUGAAUGAUGCUUUGAUAAUUCUGGAUCCAUGAGAUCUCCAUUCUAUAAGUAUUUUCCACUCUUUUUUGAACAACAUCAGAGCAACUUGUGUGUGCGAAGCAUUUUCUUUAUGACCAGUGUACAGCAUCAUCCCCUUCGAAUAUAACCUUUUCUGUCCAUCUCGGGUCCACUGGUUUUGCUGAUUUCAAGCACUGUCAAGUUGUAUCUCCUCAUUUCCGUUGCUAUUUGACUGGUCCCCACAGUCUCCCACAUUGUCCAGACGUCUUAUGUACCUCCAAAAAUUGUUGCUGUGGUUGUUAAAAGGGACAUCGGCCUCGUGAUUUCCUAAGAAUCUCAAAUUUCACCAUGAGGCGUCAUAAUUUUUCUGAAUGAAGAUCCUUCAACUCGGUGGGCAAAGUUUAAACGUUUUAAUUUGUUUAUUCUGGUCAGCGUAUUUUUAGCAAGGUUGUUUUCUAUAGGAUGGGAGAGCUGACCCCAUGCUCAAUUCUCCUCCUUUAUGUGGUCUUGGUACCGAGAAUCAUUCCAGAAGGGCUACAGGCGGAGUUACCUUAAUGCAUACCAAGCAGCAACACACCUAAAACCCGUCUUAUCCUGAAUAAGUUCAGAGCGGCAAACUAUUUAAUCGUACUUGGAAAUUCCGCUUAGGAGUAUAGGAUUUUCCCUAAGCCGCUUACAUUGUUUAAUCAAAAUCUUGAAGUAAUUACCUUCCACCGCUAAAAGGUUAUAUGUGCAAAACAGGCAUUCUAGUUGCGUUAACGUUUUGAGAUGUUACUCCAGUUAAUGAAUAUGGCGUGACACAGAGUUGGAUCGACAAACAAUGUCAUAUAUGUGUCCUGCUGCUUAAUAUGCGUAUCACCGAUUUUGCGGAAACUAAUCGGUAAUCAACUUAUUACAUCAUUCAUUGAUAAAGAUAGGCCACCGUACCCAAAUCUCAAAAAAUAACCCAUCAGGUUACAUUGCCUACCGUUUCUUCAGGUAAGGUCCGCUCAGAUACGUGCUAGCACGGACGUAAUCGCGGUUCAGAUUUGUGCUUGAGAAAAACCAGCAGUAUUUUAUCGCUCUUCUACACUAACUGGUAGCAAUAUGGUUUACCUGUGUUCAUCAUUUAGUCAGUGUCGAGGGUCGGAAGAUCGGAUUUUUUCUAUAUUUCGGGUUGAGAUUAGCUAGGAAUAAACAAUCAUCUAAUCAUAGUCGUAGCAGACAAUAAUUAUUAUUUGGGACAGUCCCAAAAGUCCUUCCGAACUGACGUAUUUUAUCUUGAACGAUAAAGUUCAUUGGAUCUACUAUGUCUGUACUUCUAGCUUUUCUAAGAAAGCCAGAAGGCAUUCUGAAAACCAUCGUUCACUUUUGGAAUGCCAUAAUUAUAAAGAAGUAAAGAGAUGUAUCCUAUCCUUUGGUGGUUUUACCGUCCUAUUUAAUCGUACAGCUCAAAAGCAAAUAUCUACUAAUGUCUAGUUUAUGGGUCCGUAUUUUGUUUCUGAACUUAAUGCUAUACAUACCGUAGUAAGGCCACGAAAGUUUACAGUCAAGUUCAUGAGUGCACUUGGAGUGGAUCUCUCUGACUUUACAUUUCGGCUAGGUAACGCCAAGUGAAUGACCACACUUGUAUCCUUCAUGCAAGUUUCGUGGAUAGCAACUGUUAGUAACAUGCAACUCUAGAGUGUUGUUUGAUGAAUUUUUUUCAAUCUCAUAUAUGAUUCAUAUGAUAAUCGACCCAAUAUAUAGUUUGAAUCUUGGAAACCAGGUUUAAUAUUUUGUGAACUCGUAUAGUUAACACCACUAGCGCGUUUAUCGAGUUAAAGAAAAGUGAUUGAUAGUGGGAAUAAAAGAAGUACUAGGAGGUGAGGUAGGGAUAUAAUUAUAGACAAAGUGUGUAGAUAGUCGUCACUUUCCAGGUACAUAAACCACGAAGGCUUGCUUCUUGAGGGUCCUGUAAAAGAGAUCGGGCUUGGCGUAAUCUUUUCCAUCCGCAGACGUGACUGAAUAGCGCAGAUGAUUGGUGUUUCUAUAUAGUUGGUUUGGUAUGUGUUCGUUCUUGACUUUUGAGACCUCACCACUAGUACUGAAAAUCCCAGGAGAUGGAGUUAUUCUUAUUUUAUGUCUUCUCUUUCAUAACCCCUUCUGCUCUCAGACCUUGAGUUUACUGCGUGGUACUAUAAAAGUUAAAAAACAAUUGUCUUGAUCAUUACAAAUAUAUUAAGUCUUCGUAGUAAGCGAAACUUAACCACUACAGUGUUUAACUUUAGCUACUACAGCUCGUUGAGCUUAGUGGUGGAAAUAUGUAAGUAUGUGUCGCAGUUACUUCUCUUAAGCAAAUUAGAAUCUGUAUUAACUGAUAUUUGUUUUUUGUAACUACUGCUCAUCAUUCAAUGUCGAGUCAUAAAUGUUCUUCAUCCAGAAGACAAUGCAUUGAUGAACUAUUAUGUUGCAUUUUUGCAUUAGAUUCAAUGAAUUUUGCGUUACAUAAAUGCAGUUCACCUCGUUUUUAUUCAAAAACUAACGAUUACUUAAUAGUCAAGAUAUUGAUAUUCAACUAUUGGGUUGUUUCUUUGGGGGACCAAGCAUCAUUAUUAACUCCCCCCUUUUAAUACUAGUUAUAUUUGUGUAACAAGUAUACGUUUAUGUACUCGGUGCUAGGGGACAGUUUGCUAGGACUGAUGAUACUGCCUAACCACCCCGACUGAAAUGAGUCGAACAGUGUUCGAGCCUUUUUCCAGGAGUUAAAAGUUGACUGUCUGCUCUUAAAUACUGAGCUGUGUAAAUAUACUUCCUUAAGAAAACCUGUUACUAAAACUAAUCUUUUAGUACAACUACGAUUCAGUUCACUCGUACUGUGUAUCAGGGUAACUUUUAUAGAAUCUAGUCUUCAACUUCAUAUUUGAUCCGAAGAGCUGUAUUAAUAAUAUUUACUACUUUUCUGUUUAGGUCAAAUCGUGAUACCUUUUUAUCGCGUUGCACAAACCUCGUUCAGUCCAAACCACCUGAUGCAGUUGAUUCAGUUCUUGAGUUCAUUCAUUUGGAAUCUUCGAAUAUUUCGAUUUGCUUAGCAUCACUUCAAUUAUAAAAGAACAUUUUGUAACCCUGUAUCAUAAAAAAAUCAUUUUAAUAUUAUCUUGAUUCGUAAAUGUACUUUGGC